AUUUUGGCAAGACUACAAACUCUGCGUUACCCUUGUUCAACAUCUUGGUAAAUUCGCUCCAUAGUCGACACGGUCAUCAGCGUUUUCAGCAUCUUUUUCGAUCUUAAAAAUGGACACGGAUUUAUACGAUGAGUUCGGAAACUACAUUGGGCCUGACCUUUUGUCUGACGAAGAGGUGGAGGACGAUGUAAAUAGCAUUGGUGAUGAAGUUGCUGAUGAGGAAGAUAUGGCUCAGGAUGCUGUUAGUCACAUUGAAACAAACGAGGUUCAGGAAGAAAGUUUAGCUGUUAUUCUUCAUGAAGAUAAAAAGUAUUAUCCAAGUGCACUAGAGGUUUAUGGUCCCGAGGUUGAAACCUUAGUACAGGAAGAAGAUGCACAGCCGUUAACACAGCCACUGAUCGAACCUAUUCGCCGCAAAAAGUUUGCUUACACCGAAGCAUCAAUUCCAACAACGACGUAUGAUCCUGAAUUCUUGGCUGAUCUGAUGGAUUGCCCAGAAUUAAUUCGCAACGUUGUUCUUUGUGGACAUUUGCAUCAUGGGAAAACUUCCUUCAUGGACUGUUUGAUAGAACUUACUCACCCUGAUAUUGAAGCUAAAGAGGACAAAAAUCUCAGGUACACCGAUUUCCUGCACAUGGAAGUAGAAAGAGGACUUAGUAUUAAGUCUACUCCAGUCUCCUUGGUGCUACGCAGCAUGCAAGAAAAGUCGUAUUUGUUCAACAUCUUUGAUACACCAGGUCACGUCAACUUUUCCGAUGAGGUAACUGCGGCUUUUCGACUUGCUGAUGGGAUCUGUCUGUUGGUGGAUGUCAGCGAAGGUGUACUCCUAAACACCGAACGUAUUCUUAAACAUGCGUUACAAGAACGGUUACCGGUCACCCUAUGCAUCAACAAAAUUGAUCGUCUUAUAAUCGAACUAAAGUUGCCACCAAUGGAUGCAUAUUACAAAAUAAAGCACAUAAUUGAUGAAGUGAAUUCAAUACUUCUGACUUAUUCUGAAGGUGCAGGAAUUACAGACGAUGCACAACCUGCUGUCAGCCCAUUAUUGGGAAAUGUUUGCUUCGCCAGUACUUAUUACCGAUUCUGUUUUACUUUGGAAUCAUUUGCGAGAAUAUAUAUGGAUACAUUUGCUAACGGCAUGGACUACAAAGAAUUUGCUGGACGUUUAUGGGGUGAUGUAUAUUUCAAUUCUAAAACACGAAGAUUUCAAAAACGACCACCUUCUCCAAAUUCACAACGAACAUUUGUAGAUUUUAUUCUUGAACCUUUGUACAAGAUUUUUGCUCAAACUGUUGGUGACGUUGAUACUUGCUUGCCGUCAUUGUGUUCAGAGUUGGGUAUCUAUUUGACGAAAUCUGAAAUGAAACUGAACAUACGCCCACUUUUGCGCUUAAUAUUUAAACGCUUCUUUGGAGAUUUCUCUGGUUUCGUGAAUAUGUGCGCAGAACAUAUACCAAGUCCAGUUAACUCAGCCGCAGUGAAAGUGGGAUCAACAUAUACUGGUAGUCUAGAUAAUGAUCUUGGACGUGCCAUGGUUAAAUGCAAUAUGGAUUACGAACAUGUCAUCGUUCAUACUACCAAACUUUAUCCUGAUCAAGAAGCUAUCUCUUUUCACGUUUUUGGACGUGUUAUGUGUGGUACCUUAUUUGCCGGUCAAACCGUUCGUGUUUUAGGCGAGAACUACACACUUUCUGACGAAGAAGAUUCCCGACCAGCUACAGUUGGUCGUUUGUGGGUAUCUAUCGCACGUUACCAACUAGAGGUUAAUCGGGUACCAGCGGGGAAUUGGGUUUUAAUUGAAGGUGUUGAUCAUCCUAUUGUGAAAACAGCUACAUUAACAUCAGCGGAAGCCCGUGGAGCGCAUAUAUUUAGACCUUUAAACUUCAACACUUCUUCAGUUGUUAAGAUAGCUGUGGAACCUGCUAAUCCUUCUGAAUUACCUAAAUUGUUGGAUGGUCUUAGAAAAGUCAACAAAAGCUAUCCUUUGCUUGCAACCAAAGUUGAAGAAUCGGGAGAACGUGUCAUUCGUGGUACUGGUGAAUUGUAUUUAGAUUGUGUUAUGCACGAUUUGCGCAAGCUCUACUCUGAUAUCGAUGUGAAAGUUGCGGAUCCCGUUGUAGCAUUUUGCGAAACAGUUGUGGAAACUUCCUCUUUAAAGUGCUUUGCUGAAACGCCAAAUAAGAAAAAUAAGUUAACCAUGAUUGCUGAACCACUCGAUAAGGGUUUGGCCGAAGACAUAGAGAAUAAGGUUGUGCAAAUUACUUGGCCGAAAAAGCGACUUGGAGACUUUUUCCAGAAAAAGUAUGACUGGGACUUGCUUGCUUCCAGGUCUAUAUGGGCUUUUGGUCCAGACGCUACUGGUCCGAAUAUACUAAUGGAUGAUACAUUGCCAUCUGAAGUUGAUAAGAAUUUACUAUUGACGGUCAAAGAUUACAUUGUGCAAGGUUUCCAAUGGGGUACACGUGAAGGACCACUUUGUGAUGAACCGAUUCGCAAUGUGAAAUUUAAAAUAUUAGAUGCUCUGAUUUCUGGAGAAGCACAUCAACGGGGUUCUGGACAAAUAAUCCCUACUGCUCGUCGAGUUGCCUACUCUGCUUUCCUCAUGGCCACACCUCGCUUGAUGGAACCUUAUUAUUUGGUUGAGGUCCAGGCCCCUGCAGAUUGUGUUUCAGCGGUAUAUACAGUUCUUGCUCGUCGUCGUGGUCAUGUAACAUCCGAUGCUCCCAUAUCUGGAUCUCCUUUAUAUGUUAUCCGUGCGUUUGUGCCCGUCAUUGAUUCAUUCGGCUUCGAAACGGAUCUUCGAACACAUGCUCAGGGACAGGCGUUUUGUAUGCUUGUUUUUAAUCACUGGCAAAUGGUUCCAGGAGACCCACUCGAUCGUUCAAUUCAAAUACAGCCUUUGGUCCCACAACCUGCAACUCAUUUGGCUCGAGAGUUUAUGGUUAAGACUCGAAGAAGAAAGGGCUUGAAUGAAGAUGUGAGUAUCAACAAAUUCUUCGAUGAUCCUAUGCUGCUAGAACUUGCCAAGCAAGAUGUAAUGCUGAACUACGCGCUAUAAUUUUGUACAUUUUUUGUAUUUCUAAAAAAUAAAUAAAUAAAUGACCACUUUAACCAAUUACCA